AUGACAUCAAUAGUGAAGAUGAAACAGCCGUACAAAGUAUUGAUUGACAUCUGGGGUGUCAUUACUUCGUGGACUUUUCGAACUGAUCUUAAAACUUAUAUCAAAGAAAAUUUGAAGAAUUUCUUGAGCCAACACUGGACACAACAACUGAUCAGUGAUUUUGUUCAUCGCUUACGAGAUAUGAACGCUAAAGACAGAGAAAUUCAUUCAGAUUUACCACAGAUUGAGGAGUCGACCGAUGAUAAUAAGGACACUGUUAUUGAAUCGGUUGUUAAAAAUAUUGAGUGGAGAAAAAAACAUAAACUCAAUACAUUUGACAACGAUAUCCAAGAACUGUAUCAAACCAUAUGGUUGGACGGCUAUCGCAAUAAACGGCUCAAAGUUCACACUUUUGUUGACGUUAUGCCAUCGUUUCAGAGAUGGACUGACGAAGAAUUGACAAUAAAGAUCUAUACGUUCGCUUCCGGUCCGUCACAAAAUCAAAAACUAUUUCUUAAUCACACCACUUGUGGUGAUGUUAGUUGGUAUGUCGUCGGCGGCAUCAAUAGCUAUCAUAAAUACAAACACGACUCCAAUCGGUUUAAACAAGUUUUCAUUGCCCUUCAAGAAAGUCCACAAAAUAUUCUGUAUAUAACCGACAGUCCGAACAAAGCCCGGGCGGCUAUUGCUUCGGGAAUGAGAGCUAUAGUUGUUUUAAGAGACGGGAAUAAGAGAUAUUCAGACCAAGAACUCGAUGGCAUACAAACAGUCACUUCAUUACAAGAGUUAGAUUUUAUACCCGACUAUAAUCCUAAUUGUUGUUAG